AUGCCUGGCAAGAAACGAGCGAGCACGUCCUCACGAGGAGUCGCUAACCUCACGGCGGAACAGCUCGCGAAGAAACGGGCGAAUGACCGAGAGGCGCAGCGGGCUAUUCGAAAGCGGACGCGGACACAGAUCGAGUUGCUGGAGCAGAGGGUGCGUGAACUGACCUCGUUACAACCAUAUCAGGAUCUCCAAGAAGCCCUACGACAGAAACACAUACUACAGGCAGAGAACAAUGAAAUCAAGCGAAGACUUGCCUCUGUCAUGGCGACCCUCCAGCCGAUCCUCAAUCAUCAUUCAGGGCCUCUCACGUCGACAAUACCGCCUUUGAGUCCUCACAACGACGUUCCUUCCACGAGAGUCCACAGACCCAAUUCCGUUGCCAAUGCAGAUAUACCUCCAACUCCGCCGCCACAGUCAGACUACGCAGGCUCUCAGCAGCAGGCACCCCAGGGUGAGCCAUCCGACCGACGUCUACGGAACCCCGUGAGCGUGGAAUCUACAAACGGCGGCCCUGGUGCCUAUACAAGCUCUCCUGCAACAAGCGUUAGCCCGUCACCGUCAGCCUCCAGCCAGGCGCACGGCCAUCGGCAAAGCUGGCAGCAGAAUGCACCCACCUCUCACAAUGCUGAUAACGCAUGGCCACCGCAUAACCAGCUCUUCGACUACCAGAAGCGUAACCUUACGCAUAACUUGGAGCUUUCGGGAAAUGGCGAGAGACUGGGGUUGAAUUUUCUCUUGGAUUCAACGCAGAAUGUUCCCAAAGUAAACGACUUCCGUAUUGGUGUUGGUUCUUCUUCCGCCAACGGACCCCUGUCGUAUAAUAACCGCUUGAACACCCCCUCAUAUGGAGAUUCAAACAUGUGUCCGUAUUCGAUACCCAUCCGGAAUGUUGAGCCUACUUGUCCCUUGGAUGGCAUUCUCCUUGAUUUCCUUCGUACCCGCCAGCGAGAAGCAGCCGAGGGUGUUCCAAACAAGCAGCUUGUCGGCCCUCCUUACCCCAGUGUCUCUUCUUUGCUAAACCCGGCCAAAGGAAUCUAUUCACAUCCUCUUUCAAAAGUAUUCACCGAUAUUCUCAGCAAAUUCCCAAAUAUCUCGAACCUCCCAGAGCAAGUUGCAGUUCUGUAUGUCAUGUUCCUCCUGAUGAGGUGGCAAAUAUACCCAACUCGUGAGAAUUACGACCGUCUGCCUGAGUGGAUGACACCACGGACAUCACAAAUUGUAACUCCCCACGCGGCCUGGAUUGACUACUUACCCUGGCCCCGUAUGCGGGACCGAAUGGUUGCUUCGUAUGCGGACUAUGACUUCUCCAACUGGUUUAUUCCUUACACCACGGGGCUCAGCCUCAACUGGCCUUAUGAACCCACCGACACCCUCCUUGCCACUAAUGACUCAGAUGAGCUGAUAAUAAAUCCAGUCUUUGAACGGCACUUGCGUGACCUGAAUAACUGGUCUCUGGGAACGCUUUUUGCAACCACAUAUCCUCAUCUAGUCGACACAACCAGGAUCGUUCCCGAGUCGAAUUCCCAACACAAGAACCGGAGUAGCGGUUGA